AUGCGACCCGCCACACUCAAUGUAUUCAUCGCUCUCCUUUCAGCCCUGAGCAUCCCCUGCGCAGCUCAAAACUUCAGGUAUUCAGGCACGGAAUACAUCGUUUUCUCAGGGAACAUCACGGGCACCGUCUCAUACCCCCCUGAAUUCGAUUGCGCUCCCCUCACAAAAUCAUAUGCCAACACCCAUCUCUACGUCGGCAAGAAUGCACCAUGGGAUAGCAAUGCGUUCUUUUUCGACCUCUAUCACCGGGCAUCUGAUACAAGUGCGUUUAUCGGGCUCACCCGCGAUUAUAUAUACAACCUGGAAUUCACAACCGCUUCGUACGACUGCAUUAAAGAUGGGAAACCCUGUGGAAUAAUCGCGUAUGCGCCUGAUUUCGUACCGCACAUGUAUGUUGAUCUCAACAAAACGAAGAUCUCGAAGACCCAAGUGGAAGGGAAGGCUGGGUACGCGGUUAGUGGCGAUACUGGAAGCUUGGUUGGUAAUGGGACGGACAAUGGAGUCGAUAUAGCGGAUUCUUGCAGGAAGGCGAAUGUAAAUUGGCUGGACUUCAAAUGGAAUUCAACCACCACAUUAACCUACACCCUAUCCUUCUCCAAUGAGACCGCCUCCAUCAAAAUGACCACUAAGAUUCCAAAUGGCGAGAUGACGCUCUCCUUCACUGGCCCACGCAAUGAAACCGCCUCAUCCCUCCACAAUUCUGCUAUCCAACUCGAUACCAGCAAUGACGCCGUUCCGCAGUUCAAAUAUGUCAAUGGCUCAGACAUCCAUUUUGCUAAAUUAGGAAGCACCUGGGUAGCUGCUGCAACGCCGAUUCCCACUGGGGCUUCGAGGUCGUCAAGCACGAGAACGACUGGGAAUCUGGCGCCAACCGGAACUGGGGCGGCCGGAACUGGGACGGCCGGAACUGGGGCGGAUACAUCUACUCCCAAACCAAGCGCCACGGGGAAUGCGGCUGUCGGGGGCAAGACGGGCGUUACUGAGGUAGUACUGCCAGGCGGUGAGCCCCGACGAGGGUCACACCGAACACUUCUAGCUGAGAAGCAGCAAAAGCCACACUUGCUUCAAACAUCGCAGCAGAUGGAGGCACUAGGCGCUGCAGGCUCUAUCAUAGGGAUCGCAGGCUUUGGUCUCCAGAUCGCGACAACUCUUCAAACAUACGCUGAAGCAACACUCGAGGCGGAUGAUAGAAUUCGGGAUAUCGCGAACGAUAUAAGCGCGACUGCCUCGGCCCUUCAGCGACUCCAGGCAGUCAUCACUCGAGAUGAGAACCUAAAGAAUGGAAAGGUUUUCAGUGUCGAAGGUUUAAAGUCCGUAAACAAGAUCGCUUCACAAUGCGAUACAGUUUUCAAGCGUACAGUGGAGCUGCUUAACAAAGCUGGAAAGCCAGAAGAAGAACUCGCAAAUGCCGAGAGAUCGAAGGAGCUGAAGAUAUCGACGCUCGGUUAUUUGAAGUGGCCAUGGUUGGAGCCAAAGAUCAUGAGAUGUAGACAGGAGUUGGAAAGGUUGCUGGUAAAACUUUUCUUGUUCCUACAAAUCUCAAGUCUUGCGGUUCAACAGGCAAGUGUUGACAUUCGAAGCGCGGAUUUGGCAGCAGAGCGUGAGAUGAGGGAUAUUAUUGCCAAAUUAAAAGCCCGAGAAGAACGCCUCACAAAUCGGCUACAACAAGCUUUUUUCAAGGUUCCUAUUCGCCAGAACAGUCGGCCGUUCAUAAGUAUAGAUCAAACUCGAGACAGGAGUCCAUUACAACCACCGCCGCCACUAUCAUCUCGUCCGCUGCCACCGCUAAUAGCAGCAACUUCGAGAGGAGUGCCGCUUAAUUUCCAGAGUGACUUUGCAGAAUCAAAUCCCCCUAUGAGGCUUGAUUCUUUUUCAGAAAAGCCGAUCAUGAAUCUACAAAGUCCAACCCUGGGCAAUGUGCCUCGACCAGACGGUAAACCUCAAGUAAAGAGGGUUGCGAUCGAGGAGACCUUCAACGAGACACUACCGGAUGAUCGAGACUCAAGUAUGGAAGUUUUAGGCGAAACACAUGCAACAUCAACUCUUCGUAAGGAUGGUCCAGCUACGAAUGAACUGAGAGAAGAUGAACCCGGCCAAGAAAUCGCCCCAUAUCUCGAAGCUUAUCUCCUCAAAGGGGAUAAUGAUCACAUAUUAAAGAUACCUCUCGAGCAAAAGGAGCUACAAGUUCGGAAGGAGGCCCUUCUAGCCAAGUCUGAUCGCGCAAUAUGGGAUGUCCUGAUCUCUCUGACCCUAGAAACUCAUGCGCAAGUGACUCGUGCAUUGGAGAAGGCCAGGAGCCAGGACAAACUUGGGCGCGUACUGAGAGCCAUCGAGGUUCUAGAAGCGCAACAGGAAGUGAUUGAGUCCAUGUCAAGCGAGGUGAAUUUAGAAGUCCCGCGAAUCCUUCUUUUUCUCGAGGUAGAGUUACCGGGAAAGUUGUAUGAAAGACGUCUGGAGCAAGAUUUGCGGAAGUCUGGCCUUGAUGAGCGGCUGAUUAACACUGUUAUCGAGGAAAAUAUACCAUUCAACACCGACGGACCAACAACAUACACGAGAAUGGCUCGCCGCCAUCUUUCGGUAGAAACCCUACGUGCACACAACCUCGAUUGGCAGUUUGAUGAGAAUCCCGACUACGUCAUCAUCAAACGCUGGGUUCCAGAAGAGGAACAAGAUAGGCUGUGGGAACAUACCAAAGCUAUCCGCGCCCAAAGACGCCAUCAUGUCGUGACAACUGAGGAAUCGGGACGAAAGUAUAGAGAGUCAGAAUUCGAGUUCGUUCGCAAGUACAAACACGGCUUUUAUGAGGAUAGUCACAAGCAUAAGGAAAAUCCAAGUCCCUUGCUUACAUUUCUCCUUGGAGGUGGCAAGCAAAAACACAGGACCAACUCUGGACUAACCGAGGGUUCAUUUGACCAUCAGAGGCAUAAGAGCCGGAAGCCGAGCCCUCUUGCCACCUUUCUCUCCGGGAAGAACAAGGCUGAACCUUCCCCCGAGGACGUGGAACUCGACGAGGCUAUCAAGGAUCAGGAAGUUGAUGAGCUGCUUGGAAAGUGGACAAAUUCCGGUGCCGUAGAAAAUGAAACGGAAAAAGGGAAAAGCGCAGAGCAGAUUGAAGCCGUCAGAGUAGAAGAAAAUGUAGACGAUGAUAUCGGGGACGAGUUCCUACAAACUACGCGGCUCGAUGACUACUUCUCGGAUGAGGAAGAGUCGCCUGCACGAUGGAUUAAGAAGAGAUUUGGGCUCAGAUGGAAAGUACUGCUGCCUUCGAGGUUUCGUAGGAGAAGAGAUCGCCGGAGAUGGUCGACAUCUACCUCGAGUAGUAGAUCCGGAUCCCUGAUGGACGAUUAA